AUGGACGAAGCCAUAAAACCGCAAGAUGCUUCAUUCUAUGGAAUGAGUGGUGUUCAUAAGCGAUCUGCUUGCGUUCUUACAGAUAUAACGAAUGUUAAUCAAGAAACGGUGCAACAAGUUCCUUCUGAAAAAAGGAAAUUGCUACAUGAUGCUUUUAAUACACGACGUGUUGUUCGGACGCAAUCGAGUUGGAUUCUCAGUGAUGAGAAAAACAAGCAAUUGAAAAGGGAAAAAGGAAUUAUCAUCGAGCACGGAACAUCGCAUGAAGACGCAUUUCAUGGAAUCCGCGGUUUUCAAACUCCAUUGAGCUGCAUUACAUCGGACAUACUUAAUGAUUCUGAGUAUGUUUCCAACGACGACAAUAGCGAUGAUUCAGCUGAUUAUGAAGAUUACGACGAUCUGGGAGAUCAGUCGUAUGAAUGUCAAUCGUGUGGUGCAAUGAUGUGGUGCGCUGAGCGCCUUGAUAAGCACAUGAACACAUCGAGACCCGAUUUUUCUCUGUGUUGUCAGAAAGAUAAAGUACAACUGCCUUAUAUGAAAAAUGCCCCACCUACUCUUUCUAAUUUACUUUUCGGUACGGAUAGGCAGAGCAAACAUUUUCAUGACAAUAUUCGUUCUUACAACAUGAUGUUUGCUUUCACAUCACUUGGCGGAAAGGUCCAAACAUCUAUUAAUACGGGUGCUGGACCAUACACAUUUUUACUUCAAGGUCAGAAUUACCACAUGUUGGGUAGUAUGUUACCAGAGAAAGGUGCACGACCUAAAUUCGCACAACUUUACAUCUUCGAUACGGAGAAUGAAGUCCGCAAUAAAAUUGAUGUUGUCAGGUCUGGAAAUGGCUCGAACAACCUUGGUACUCAAAUUGUUGCAUCCUUGAAGGAUAUGAUCGACGAGAACAACGUCCUUGCUCAGUCGUAUAGAGCUGCCCGUAAUCGAUUUUUGAGAGAAGGCCUGCAAGGUGUUAAGCUAAAGCUGGGUGUUAGAGACAUUGUGGUUGAGACUCAGUCCAAGAAGUUGCAACACAUUAGUGAACUGCACCCAUUGUACCUGUCGUUCCAGUAUCCGCUCAUAUUUCCUUACGUGGAAGAUGGAUAUAGAGAGGAUAUUGACUUGAGAGACUCUUUUCGAGGUAACAGUGGAAAACGAAAGAACUUAACCAUGCGAGAAUACUUUGCUUACCGUUUCCAAAAAAGAAGCAUCGACAGUCCAGUACUGCUGAAUUCAAAAAAGUUGUUCCAACAGCUUGGAGUGGACGCGUAUUCUAUGAUUGAGUCGCAAAGGUUGAAUUUUAUUAGGCACAACCAGGACCAGUUGCGUGUGGACAUGUACAAAGGCAUUGAAGAACGUUUUUUCAAAGGGGACACUGAGGGAAAAUCAGUUGGAAAACGGAUAAUUCUGCCGGGUUCUUUCAUUCCUGGACCUCGGUACAUGUUCAAUAAUUUUGUCGACGCACUUCAAAUUUGUAACUGGAUUGGUUUUCCAUCAUUGUUCAUAACUAUUAUAUGCAACCCACAAUGGCCUGAAAUACAAAGGGUCCUCAAUGAUACAAGUCUCAGAUCGGAGGAUCGCCCUGAUAUUCUAUGCCGCAUAUUCAAAAUGAAGUUGGACAGUUUGAUGACGGAUUUCAAGAAGGGACAUAUAUUCGGACGAAUUAGAGCACAUGUGUGUACUAUAGAAUUUCAGAAGCGUGGUCUGCCUCAUGCACAUAUAUUAUUGUGGUUGGAUAACGAUGCCAAACCUAAGUGCUCCGCCGACAUCGACAGGAUGAUAUGUUCGGAAAUUCUUGACAAAAAAACCGACAGAAAGAUGUACAACUUGGUUGAGAAAUACAUGAUACACGGCCCGUGCGGCCAUGCGAAUUUGAAUUCACCUUGCAUGAAGGAUGGCGUUUGCACGAAGAGGUUUCCAAAAAAGUUUGUACAGCGAACCGAGGCCGAUCCUGAUGGUUACCCGGUAUAUAGGAGAAGGGAUGAUGGAAGAACGGUUAGGAAGAAGAAUACUAUUCUUGAUAAUGGAUUUGUGGUUCCCUACAACCGUGUGUUAUUGAGUAAAUACCGAUCCCACAUCAAUAUUGAGUUGUGCAACCAGAGCAAGUCAAUAAAGUAUUUGUUCAAGUACGUCAACAAGGGACACGAUCGUGUCACGGCAACAUUUUUCCAACCUCCGUCUACGGACGCUGAUCCUGCUGUUCGUGAUGAGAUCAAAAUGUAUUAUGACUGCAGAUAUUUGUCAGCGUGCGAGACAAUGUGGAGGAUAUUUGCAUUUGAGAUACAUUACCAAGAUCCACCCGUCAUUAGAUUGAGUUUCCAUCUCCCCGACAAUCAACCGUUGGUAUUCAAUGAGAACCAAUCAUUAAAGAGUGUCUUGGAAAGGCCAACCGCGAGGCAAACCAUGUUCUUGGCAUGGUUCGAGGCGAACAAGACCUACCCACAAGCUAAGGAGUUACGGUACGCAGAGUUUCCCCAACAUUAUGUGUACAAGGAUGAUUCUCGGGUGUGGGUGCCAAGAAAGAAGAGGUUUGCCAUUAGAAGAGUCACCAACGUGUCCCCGACAAAGGGAGAAGACUUUUAUCUUAGAUUGUUGCUCAACGUCCAAAGAGGGUGCAAAAGUUACGAGGACAUCAGAACGGUGGGUGGCAAUGUUUACGCGACGUUUAGGGAUGCGUGCUAUAUUUUGGGGUUGUUGGAAGAUGACAAAGAGUACAUUGGUGCAAUUAGAGAGGCAUACGGUUGGGCAAACGGACACUUCCUCAGAUUGCUGUUCGCUGUUAUGUUGCUUUCUAAUAGUUUUAGCAGACCGGAACAUGUUUGGGAGAAAUAUUUGGCUCUAUCGGAUGAUAGUUUGAAGAAUUACGCGUUGAUAGAAAUCGAGAAGAUCCUACAGAGCAACGACAAGAGCUUGCGGAAUUUUGACUCUAUGCCGAUGCCACUAGAUUCGUCGAUGGAUGACACGGAGAACCGAUUAGUGCUCGAUGAGUUGGACUACGAUGUAUUUGCGAUGGCUGAAGAACUGAAACGAUAUCUUUCUUCUAUCACAGAUGAGCAGAGAAGGGUCUACGAUGUCGAAGAAUUGAGGCGGGACGUACUUCCUCUACGGUCACGGAGGUGCCGGAAAGACAUUUAUAUGGAGAACGUUGUCCGCUGCUGUCCGUUCGAAGGGGGAAAUAGUUCUUAA